AUGAAGUUAAAUACUAAAUUUGCUCUAAAAUAUCAACUACUUCGUGACAAUAUGCAAAUGUUAUGGUCGAAAUUCCAAAAGAAAGUGAAUGAAGAUCUAUUUGGUCAUUAUCAUUCUAUACAUGCAUCAAUUAUACCUGAAUAUGCAAUAAAUCUUGAACGAUUUUCUUGUCCAAGUAAAUUAUUUUUCAAUAGUGAACAAUUAUGGAAACAAGAUAUUGAAAAUAAACGUAUUAAUACAGUAAUAUUGAUGAAUGAAAUCAAAGUAAAUCUUGAUAAUAAAAUCAAAGAUUAUUAUGAAAAUUUUGUUCGUCUUUUUUACACAUGGUUUGAUCGAAUGUUAGCUGCUGAUGACAAAAGUCUAGUUCUUAGCUUCAACGAACGCUCUUUUCAAAUUGAUUUCACAAAACGUGUUCAAGAACUUUAUAUGGCUUCGAGAAAAGGUUCAAAAAAGAAUGAAAGUUCAACAUGUGUGAAUAUUGAAAUAAAAGAUUUUAUUGAAUUUGGUUAUGAAAUGAAUGCUGAUGAUCUUUUACCUAUUUGGACACAAGAACAAGAGAAUAUUGUUCCAUCAAUAAUUACGGAUACUGAUCAAAUUGAACAACCAAUCAAAUAUGUAGCUGGUUUAGAUAUAAGUUUUGUUAAAGGAAAUGAUAAAGCUGUUGCAUCUAUGGUUAUUUUUGAUUAUCAAACAUUAAAUAUUGUAGCUAAAAUCAGUAUUAAUUGUAAUUUGAAAAUUCCAUAUAUACCGAAUUAUUUAGCAUUUCGUGAAGCUCCAGUCUUUAUGAAAUUACUUGGUAUUCAAAAAGACCAGUGCCCUCAUUUAACACCACAAGUUAUUUUAAUGGAUGGAAAUGGUGUUUGGCAUCCUCGUCGUGCUGGUAUUGCUUCACAUUUUGGUGUUUUAAGUGGAAUUCCAUGUUUUGGUGUAUCGAAAAAUGUUCUUCAUGUCGAUGGUAUUACACGAGAGAAAAUUAAAGACUUAUUAAGUGAAAAAGCACCUGAAAAAGAUCAAUAUAUUGAAGUCAUUAGUGACAGUGGAAAUCUUCUUGGUUUAGCUUAUAAUGUAACUGGCUCUGUAAAUAGUGCUGUGUAUAUUAGUGUUGGACACAAAAUAACAUUAACAACAGCUCUUGCUAUAUUCAAAUCAGUGACUAAAUAUCGUAAUUGUGAACCAAUACGACAAGCUGAUUUACUUAGUCGAGAAAUAGUUGCUAAACUUUCAUAA